CACAUCGAGAGAGAUUGCAGAGAGAACGUCAGACUCGUCCGUGAACAUGCCUCCCUUGCCAGGAGAGACUUUGCUCCUCAACAUNNCUUUACAGAUGUGCACACCUACUUUAACCAGCCUUUGUCGAAGCCUGUUCAUCAUCGCUUUGACAAGGGCUCGUAUCUGUAUCUCUACUACAACUCGACCCAGCGUCGAGCACGUCUUGAGAUAGCCAAUUCCGCUGGUACGCCAGAUCAGGAUGCUUUCAAUGGCNNUGUAUAUCUGGAUCAUGCCAUGUUGACCAACACAUACAAGCAUCCAAACUUGUUCACCAUAGCUGUCGAAGGUGUCAAGCAUGGUGGAACUUCACCACGUCCGGCCGAUCACUCGCAUUGGCAUCUCCCUGCUUUCGGCCUUACACAUGAGCACAAGUAUCUAUACAAGAUACACACACUGGACCUCUACCUAUGGACUGCCAAUGAUGCCAUGAAGUUGCUGGAUCUGAUAAAGCGCAUCAUGCCCCAUCAACAUCUCGACAUCACCGAGGCAGCACCUCCUCCAGAGCACGAUGGCAGCAUGAGUCCAGUGGUACAACAGCUCGAGAACAUGGCUGUCCAUACCCCUCCUCAUGCCCGGGCACCGAGUACCGUGUCGAACUUGUCGAAUCAGAGUCGCCAUGGCCAUACACCUGAAGGUCAGAGGUCGGUGUCUCUACAGUCGGCUCUGGCGUCUGCACCUUCAUCGGCAGCUCAGUUGGCACCAUACAAUCCCGCGGCACCUGCAGCUCCCGAGCCGAUUGCCCACCGUGAGAAGACACCACCACCUAUAGAUGCAGGCGGUGGGACAGGACUUGCAGCUGCGGCAACACACGAGCAGCCUGGUGCUUUCACAAAAGCAGGUGCUCAGUGUCACCAAGCUAUGCCACACAACACAUUCCCUGGUCCACCGCAGCGAGCGACAAGUAUAGGCUCUUUUCCGCCUCCGCCACCUCUCGCUGCACACUCUCCACAUUCUGGCCUGCAGACGGCGCAUUCAUUUGCAGGACCUCGGAGCAUUUCACAAAGCAGUACGCCUCAGCAGCAGCAUGCUCAAGCACAAUAUGCGUCUUACCCGCAACACCAGUCGGCACACUACCCACAAUCCCCAGGCUUCCAGAUGCACACACCCUUGCAAUCACCAGGAAUCCCAAACACACCCAGCCAGCCACCCGCAUACGGUAUACACACACCUCUACAGUCAGCAGGAUUCGCGCCACAGCAAACACCUCAAUCGCCAGGAUUGCCUCUUAGUCCUCAUGGAGGCUAUUCGAAUUAUACAUAUGGAUCACAAUCGUCGCAGCCAACGUUGCCGACAGAGGCAUAUGCGGUACACAGUCUUUCCUACAGGCCGACAGAGCAGGAAGCAGCGCAUGGACACGGGCCUAAAGUAGCGGCGCAAUCACCAAAACCUGGAGGGUUUGAGGAGCGGCUGAAGAAGACGGAGAAGGGGGUGGGAAGGUUCCUGAGGAAGUUGGACCAGAAGAUGUAG